AUGGCUCCAAUGAUGAUGUCCACCGAGCCCAGCACGGGCUCAACAACACCCAGCUCAACAUCUUCUCAAGGACAGCCACCUGCCUCCUCCGAGCCUAUUGCAAUCUGUGGUCUCGGUAAGGCUCAGCACCUUUGAUUCUCCACUGGUGCUAACGAUGAUUUCCAGCAUGCCGCCUUCCGGGCGGCUCCAACACUCCAAGCAAGUUUUGGGACUUGCUUGCUGCCGGAAAGUCCGGGAAAUGUGACGUUCCCCAGUCCCGUUUCAAUGUUGACGGCUUCUAUCACCCUGAUGGCUCAGGUCGUCCAGGCAGCAUGUUCACAAAGGGGGGCUACUUCCUCCAGGACGACAUCCGGGAAUUUGAAAACAGCUUGUUCGGUAUCAGCAACGUCGAGGCGACUUACAUGGACCCGCAGCAGCGAAAACUGCUCGAAGUGGUCUUUGAGUGCCUUGAGAAUGCAGGAAUUCCUCUCGAACAAGCCUCUGGCUCCAACACUGGUGUCUAUGUCGGCAACUUUACAUUUGACUUCAUAUCGAUGCAGGUCAAAGAGCCAGAUUAGUGAGUUGUCCCCUCGAAUCACCCAAGCCUUGCGAAGCUGACGUAUUUCUGCAGCAUGAGCAGAUAUUCUGCGACUGGACUUGGGACGACCAUCCUGGGCAACCGUAUCAGCCAUGUUUUCAACCUUCUAGGCCCUAGUAUGGUAAUAGACACGGCCUGUUCAUCUUCGUUAUACUGCCUCCACAUGGCCGCCACUGCUCUGGAGAACUACGAGUGCGACGCAGCUGUUGUAGCUGGCGCAAACUUGAUCCAAUCAGCGGAACAACACAUCGCCACGAUGAAAGCUGGCGUGCUCUCGCCAACGUCCGAGUGUCACGUAUUUGACGCUUCAGCAGAUGGCUAUGGGCGUGGCGAUGGCAUAGGCGCCUUGUACCUCAAGAGACUGCGCGAUGCUGUGCGAGAUGGCGAUGCCAUUCGUAGCGUGAUACUUGGUUCCGCAAUCAACGCAAACGGCAAGACCAGCGGAAUUUCCUUGCCACUGGCAGAUGGCCAAGAGAAAGUCAUCCGGAAAGCAAUGGCCAAGGCAGCAGUCAUUCCGGAUGACAUCGUUUACCUUGAGUGUCACGGUACCGGCACCAAAGUUGGCGAUGCUAUUGAGGUUGAGGCUCUGUCACGGGUGUUCGCAAGUGACGCUGGUCGACAACCUUUACUGAUAGGAUCGGUGAAGAGUAAUGUCGGCCACUCGGAAGCUGCAAGCGGAAUUUCCAGCGUCAUCAAAUCCACGAUGGCCCUAGAGAAGCGUCAGAUCCCGCCGACUCACGGAGUGAAGAACAUCAACCCAAAGCUCAAGUUGGACGAGCGAAAUAUCGACAUCCCACUUACACUUACUGCUAUGCCUGGUGUAGUUUCUAAGCUGCAGCCAAAGCGGAUUGGUGAGUUUCGCCCAAGACAGUGAUAUCUUGUUGGAUGCCUCGAUACUUACAUUCGCAGGAAUCAACUCGUUUGGCUAUGGUGGCGCGAAUGCUCACGUCAUCUUGGAGGAAGCCUCCUCUGACAUGUACAGAGAUGCUUCGAUUCGGGACAUGCGUUCGUCAAAACCGCAGUCCCUCGUAGUGCUGCCUCUGUCUGCAGCAUCCACGCAGUCUCUCGAAGCCCGCAUCCAGGACUACGCAGCGUUUGACUUCAAGGAUACCGAUCUUCGAGACUUGGCUUUUACUCUGGGCACACGAAGAAGCCAAAUGCUGGUCCGAGGGUAUCUCUUGGCCUCUCCAUCGGACGCUAUCAGCGAUUCGUUCAAGAAUGGAACAUUCGUCAAAAGUCCAGCCACAGUCGGCAUGGCUUCCGCUCCGUUUGCGUUUGUGUUCACUGGACAGGGCUCUCAGUGGUCAGGCAUGUGUCGUGAGCUCUUGCCAGCAUUCCCGAUCGUACGAACCGCGAUUGAGGAGCUGGACCAGGUCCUACAGAGCCUGCCGCAUGCACCCAAGUGGACUCUUCAGGAGGCCAUAUUGAACGAAAGCGAUGCAACGCUGAUUCAUCUUCCAGAGCGCUCUCAACCAUGCUGUACAGCGGUCCAAAUUGUGCUGAUUCAGCUACUGGCUUCAUGGGGCAUCACGCCAGACACCACCAUUGGACACUCGUCUGGUGAGAUUGCGGCGGCUUUUGCGGCGGGUCACAUCUCUUCUGCUGAAGCCAUCACUGCUGCGUACUAUCGUGGAUAUUGCGCAUCUGGGACCGCCAAGAACGGAGCCAUGAUGGCAGUGGGUCUGUCCGAAGAGAAAGCGAACGAAGUCAUCAGCAGCAAGAACCUUGUAGGCCAGGCGCGCGUUGCCUGCAUCAACGCACCCGAAGGUGUGACAGUAUCGGGCGAUCGUGAGGUAAGUGCUGAAUUGUGCCCAAAACAUUGCCAUUUGGAUCGAGCAUGACUAACAAUCUUUUGUCUGGCAGGCGAUCGCUGAAUUGCUCGAAGUUUUAAAAGGCAUGAGUGUCUUCGCUCGAGAACUGAAGACUGGCGGCCAGGCGUACCACUCGCAUCACAUGCUGGAGAUUGGCGGGGAAUACCAGUCGUUGCUUGAAAAGGUAUUGCCUACCCUUCCACGCUCGACGCGGCUGAACAAAGGCCCAUCGUUUGUGUCGUCAGUCGAUGUUGAGCCCAAGACAACGGGUUUCACACCGAGCUACUGGCGAAGUAACCUGGAACGUCAAGUUCGAUUUGCACCGGCCAUCCAGGAGGUCCACCGGCAUUGCUUUAUUGAGAUCGGGCCGCAUCCAUCACUCGAACUUCCGAUCAAGCAAAGUCUUGCACAGCUCCAAGUCCCUAGCUCAGAGGUCCUGUAUGCUGCUCCUCUCAGGAGGAACACGAGUGCCUUGGAGACUGCGCUCGGACUGGCCGGAAAUUUGUGGCUCAAGGGCUACAAUGUGGACUGGACCAAAGUCAACGGGCUCAAUGGCUCGGCUCAGGGCAUUUACAACGUAGUGACCGACCUGCCGCCGUACCGUUUCUCCUACGAGAACACGCUUUGGAAUGAGUGCCGCUCCAGUGUCGAAUACCGCAACCGAAAACAUCUUCGCCACGAGCUUCUCGGCUCACUCAUGACGGGUGGAAAUGGUCGCGACCACGUCUUCCGCAAUGUCCUGAAAGUAGAUGAUGUGUCCUGGCUCAAAGACCACAAACUCCAGGACGAUGUUGUAUUCCCUGGAGCGGGCUAUCUUGCCAUGGCGAUGGAAGCCAUUACCCAGGUCACAGACGCGGAUAGGAGCAAGCUGCCUUCCUUCAGCUUCUCCAACGUCAACAUCACGAUGGCGCUGUCAUUGCCUCAGGACCAGACCACUCAAACAGAGAUGUUCACUACCCUACGACAGUCGAAGCUGACCAAUGCAGCUACAUCAGCCGCCUGGUGGGACUUUACAGUAUCCACAUAUCAAGACGCCGGAGCUGUACACCAUGCUUCUGGCUCCAUAUCGAUCAACCCCAACGGCGCUGUCUUACAGAGCAAGUAUCAAGCUCCCGAGGGCACGCUGGAGCCCAGUGCAAAGCGUGUGUGGUAUGAGAAGUUCACCAAGGUCGGUCUCAACUACGGACCAACGUUCCAGAGCAUCUCGGACUUCCAAACGCCAAGUAUGAAGACAGGGCUUCGCAGCGGAGCAACUGUGCCUUUGUUGACGACUUGCGGCGAUGCAUGGUCCCAGUACCCCAUCCAUCCCAUCACAAUUGAUGCGAUGAUUCAGCUGGGAAUCAUGGCCCUGACCAGUGGUACGCCCAAGAAAAUGCGAGCACAAGUGCCAACACGGAUCCCAUCUCUGACUGUGCACACGUCGGCACCAUAUUCGGACAAAACCUGCCAGAUGAACUCUGUCGUGCGAAGCACUGGUUUCGGCUCAUCCGAGGCUGGAGUCGAGAUGGUCGCUUCCGAUGGGAAAGUCCUCGCGCAGUUCGAUGAUUUGCGCCUUGCGCCAUACCAUGCUGGUCUCGGCAGCGAUGAAGAGCGUCGCCACCCGAUGCUUCGUGUCCUUUGGAAGCCCGAUGUCUACGGACUGGGGCUGAUGAGGGGCGAGGAUAUGGAAGUGCACGCACAGAAGUUUGCAGAUGAAGCGAACUCGCCGGUGUCGAAUGACGGCCUGCUCAAGCUCGGUGCCAUUAUCGAUCUCGUUGUCCACAAGAACCCUCGCGGCAGGAUCUUGGAGCUGGGCAACGAGUCUAACGAUCUCACGGUUGCUGUACUGGACUUGCUUGCGUACCGUACAGACUUCAAGCGCUUCGCCACGUAUACAACGGCGGCUUUUGAUGCAAGCGGGGCUCUUGUCGGUGGUCCAGUCAACCUCGAGACCAACGAACGUUCAAAGGAGACCAGUGCCAUUACUGAGGCAUCGGCCGACAUAGUCAUCAUUCCGAAUGUUGAGCCCAGCAUGAAAGAGCUACUCCCUAAAGUCGUGGAAGCCAUGGAUGACAAUGCAAUCAUUCUGGCCGUCUUCCCUGAGUCGGCAGACAAAAUGGUGGAGUCGCCUCUUUUGUCAUGCGUGUCGUGCCCAGUCAACGAGGGACAGGGAUCGCUCGUUGCUCUUCGCAAGCACGGCAAGCCACACAGAGACGCAUUUUCAAAGAGCCGGUUCUUGAUCGUGGAACAAGAGGAGACUAAGCUUGGAGUCACACUACACACCGCCCUCGACAAGGUAUCUGGCAAAGGAGUAUCGCGAGUUCUAUUGCGAAACCUGGUCAAGGACGACGUGCCAUCAGGGACUCAUGUGUUCAACCUGUGUGAAGCGACAUCCCCGCUCUUGGCGACCAUUUCGGACGAAGACAUGGACCAAGUCAAGCUGAUGACCCAGAAUGCCUCUUCCUUGGUGUGGGUCACGAACGGCAACAUCUUGGAGGGUGGCCAUCCUGAAUACGGUCUCGUUUCUGGCCUGUCCCGAGCCAUCAUGCUGGAGCAACCGGCACUCAAGUUCUACACUUUCGACAUUGAUCAACCCGAAGAGGGAGUGGACCUGACUGCUGAACGCCUCAUCUCCGUUCUCAAUCAAUCGGCCAAGCAAUCUAGUCGGAUGACUGACUUCGAAUUCGUCCAGCGCCGUGGGGUCGUACACGUCAGUCGCUUCACCCCUGACGACGAGAUCAACCAGGACUUCCGCAACAAGCAGGGCUUCGAGACCACGCAAUUGUCUUUGAAGGAUGCCAAGAACGUGCGUCUGGCAAUAGGGUACCCCGGCCAGUUCGACACCAUCUAUUACCUUCAACAGGAAUCGGCUGUAGCCAUUGGCCCAGAAGACGUGCGUAUCAAGGUCGCCAAUGUGGGAGUCAACGCCAAGGAUUAUUACGUCCUUGCCGGUCGAGUCGAUACUCCGGGUGGAACGUGCCAACUUGAAUGUGCCGGUACAGUUGAGGCCGUGGGCUCUGAGGUUUCCGCCUUUGCUCCUGGUGAUCGGGUCGUUGUUAUGGCCCCAUCCCACUUCCAGACUUACCAGACCGUGCCAUCGUGGGCCUGCCACCACUUACUCCCAACAGAAAGUUUCGAAGUGUGCACAACUUUGCCUCUGGUCUAUGCCACUGCAAUUUAUGCGCUUCACAACCGCGGCAAUCUCAAGUCCGGGGAGAGUGUUCUGAUCCACUCUGGAGCUGGAGGCGUUGGCAUGGCCGCCAUUCAGAUCGCCCAGAACGCGGGCGCGGAGGUAAGUCGUACUAAUCAUUCUGCUCAUGUCCAUGCUGACAGAACGCCAUCAGGUUUUCACCACCGUCUCCACCCCUGACAAGAAGCGCUUCCUGGUGGAGCGCUACGGAGUCAAAGAGUCAAACAUCUUCUCCUCUCGAGACACCUCUUUCUUGGCAGAUCUCCUGGAGGCCACCAACGGCCGUGGCGUUGAUGUAAGUGCAAAGGGUAGAAAGCAUUGGCUGAGGCAUGCGCGUUGCGUCUCGUGCUCAGCAACUGCUUCUACGACAUUGGAACGUGUUGUUUGCGAGUAUAGCUAACACCACUCGUUUUAAUAGGUGAUCAUUAAUUCGCUGACUGGGGAUCAACUUCAUGCAACAUGGAAGUGUGCAGCACCCUUCGGUCGCUUUGUCGAAAUCGGUAAAGUGGAUCUCACAACCGCAGGACGCUUGGAGAUGGACAACUUUCUGCGCAAUACCACUUUCACGGCUUUUGAUCUGAGCAACCUCUACCACUCAGGCGCACAGUCGCUGCAGGACAUCUGGAGAGAUCUUCUUCGCCAAGUCAUGACGCUCUACCGCGAGGGCAAGAUUGGCGAAUUGCAACCUGUGCGUUCCUUCGACAUUAGUGAAAUGACUCAAGCUAUGCGGUACUUUGCUUCUCGCAGCCGUAUGGGUAAGGUCGUUAUCAGCAUGGCGGAUGAGACUUCGAUGAUACCGGUGCAGAAGCUCAAGCACGACACAGUGUUCGAUGCCAACAAGGCGUAUGUCAUGGUCGGCUGCUUGGGAGGACUCGGGCGCACCCUCUCCAGAUGGAUGAUCAAACGCGGUGCCAAGAAGUUUGCUUUCCUAGGUCGCUCCGGUACAGACAAGCCCGCGGCUCGGCAACUGAUCGAGGAUCUCGAGCAAUCCGGGGCCGAGUGUGUCGUGAUUCGUGGCGACGUAUGCAGCGCCGACGAUGUUCAGGCUGUGGUUGCCGCCGCCGCCGCGCAAGGACCCGUCGGUGGUGUCGUGCAGGCGGCCAUGGGACUCAACGAGGCAAUCUUCUCCAACAUGUCCAACAAAUACUGGCAUACGGGUAUCGAUCCAAAGGUCCAGGGUACGUGGCAUCUGUACAACAGUCUCAAAGCGGUUGGCGGUGAGGGAUCGCUGGACUUCUUCUUGUUCACCUCCUCGGUCUCCGGCAGCGUGGGAACAGCUACUGAGUCAAACUACUGCGCAGCCAACCACGUCCUGGAUCAGUUCGCGAGAUAUCUACGCCGCCAAGGUCUGCCCGCCGUGUCGGUUGGUUUGGGCAUGAUUUCUGAGGUUGGGUACCUCCACGACAACCCGGAGAUUGAGGCGCUCUUGCUUCGCCGUGGUAUCCAGGCCAUUGACGCUGACGAGCUGGUACAGCUGAUCGACUUUGCGUUGUCUUCCAGCAAGAAGCUUGGAAUCCACCAUGCUCAUGACGAUCUUGCUGCGAGCCAUCUGUUGACCGGACUGGAGGCCUUCGGGUUGAAAGAGCUUCGCAAACAGGGCUUCGAGGGAUCACUGCCAACCAUGGACGAUCCACGUGCUGCGAUCUUGGCAAGCGCGGUCGAAGGCGAUGGCGACGGUUCUGCUGGUCCAGUGCAGAGCGGACGUCUCCCUGUUGAGGUCGCCAAGGAGGUGGAGGCUGGAGCAUCGCUUCAUGAGGCGGUGUUGAACCACAUUCGUCGUCGCUUUGGCAACUUGGUGCUGAUGAAGUAUGACGCGGUCAACGUCCAGAAGGCAUUGGCGGAUUACGGUAUGGACAGCAUGAUCGCUGCCGAGUUCAGGACGUGGUUCUAUCAGAAUCUUGCUGUUGACAUCCCACUGCUGCUGCUUUUGGGGCAAACAUGCACGCUGGAAACGCUGCGAGAUCUUGCCGUUACGGAGUUGGAGAAGGAGGAAGAGGCGUAG